CGCGUGCGCUGCACUGCAUGCAGCGGUACGCUACGCACUGAGCUCGGCCGCCCGCCCGCCGGGGAUCCGACGUCGCCAAACUCACUCUCGUCCAUCGACGCCUUGGCCCGCCCCACCGCCAUGCUGGCUCGCAGGUCCCCCUGGCUGCCGUCGCCGCCACGCCGUGCAAAUGCCGGCUGCCCCAGCGGCCGGUUCUUGAUCCCCACAUACACAUCCUUCAGCACACCGGUUAGAUCCGCCAGGCUCGCCCCGCUGCGCACCGCCGCUUCCGACUCGCAGGGCUCCGGCGACUCCUCCGCCGACCCGCGCGGGCUGUUCGUCGACACCUUGCGCCGCAGCCGGUCGAACGCCCGCAGCGAUGUUGGGCUGGCCACGCCGUACGGACUGGCCACCGGCGCCGGCCCUGCAAUCCCACCGCCCGCCGUGCUGCCGUCGAAGAACGAAAACCGCUUGCCGCGCGAUCCCAUCAGCCGCACCACAUCGCGUGACGACCGGGGUACCGGCUGCGUCGACGACGGUGACGUCAGCGUGAUGUUCAGCGACGCCAUCGACCCCACAAGGCUCCGCCGCCCCUCCUCAAACCCCUCGCCCUGCGACGCCACCGUUGACGGCGUCGCUGCUUCCUCCAUUGACGCCUUGACUGCCGCCUCCUCCAUCGACGCCUUGGCUGCCGCUGCGCUGCCCCGCCGCCGCAGAUCCAGCUCCGGCAGCUGCGGCGCCGGCGACAGCUCCGCCUGCGAUUCCUCCAAGACCGCCGGCUCUUCUGCCAUCGCCGAUGCCCCUGGAACUGCGCGAUCGUGUCGAUUGUGUUCCGCACGAACCGGCUCUUCGACAUGCGCUCACUGGUGCGGAUCUGUGCCAUGUGCAGGUCCGUGUUCAGCAGCAGCGUCGAGUAUGUCACCGCAUGUGCUACAUCUACCGUGCGCAGCCGCGACUCCGGAUUGCACACGAUGAACCGCCGCGCCAGCUCCUCCAGCAGCCGGUCAAUCACCUGCGACUCUCCGCGCAGGUACAUGUGCUUGCACAGCCGCCGCAGGCACUCGUCAAUCCGCAG